GCCUCACCGCUCUCAUGUGACGCCGCCGCCGCCGCCGCCGCCACCGCCUCCGCAGCUCAGCGCAGCGCAGUGCCGCCAUGGUGCCGCCGCCUCUCGUGCUGCUGCUGGCGCUCGCUGCCGCCGCCCUGGCCGAGCCGCUCCGCUUCGUGGACUGCGGUUCCAAAGACGGAAGCAUUCAAGAGGUGAACGUGAGCCCCUGUCCCACGCAGCCCUGCCAGCUCGUCAAAGGGACCUCGUACAGCAUCAAUGUCACUUUCUCCAGCAAGAUCGAGAGCCAAGGCAGUAAGGCAAAGGUGUAUGGCGAGAUGCUGCAUGUGGACAUACCCUUCCCCAUCCCCGAGCCUGAUGGAUGCAAGUCUGGGAUCCAGUGUCCCAUCCAGAAGGGCCACUCAUACAGCUACCUGAACAAGCUCCCUGUGAAGAGCGAGUACCCCAGUAUUAAGCUGAUAGUGAAAUGGGAGUUGGUGGAUGACCAGGAUCAGAUGUUGUUUUGCUGGAAGAUACCAGUGCAGAUCACCAGCUGAGGAGCUCUGCCAUGAGUUGGGCUCGGGGAAGAGAGAAACAGAGAAAAUAACACAAGCCAAAAUCUUUUAUAUAAGUAUUUCUUACUGCUUCCUUCAGAACUCUGCAGCCUCUGGGCAGCCAGUACUUUGUUCCUGCAAGGCCAGCUGUGGGCAGAAGGCUCUCGCCCCUCUCCACGAUCCCUCUGGCGUGUUCCCACAGCAGCUCAUGGGGGAGCACUGUCUGCUGCUGUCAGCAAGAGAGACUGAGCAUUAGGACAUUGUCUUCCACGUGCUCUGUGGAGGCACUUUAGUUGUUUGAAACAGAGCUGUCUGUCCUCACAAAGAGAUUUCUCUGCAGUGAACCUGGCUAGUUUCUAAGCUGCUACCUGAUAACCCCUCAGUGCCUCUUGUAGAAUGCUGGCUCCAUCCACCCUCCUGUGCUUUUUCUGCCCUGCUGUGACUGGGAUGCUCCUAGGAACUGCGUUUUCCAUCCUUGCAUCUGAAGAAGAGGGGAGGAAGCUUUCCUGAGCUGGCAGCAGAGUCUGUCCUGGGCCCCUGCUGGAGCCUGCAGGACUGCAGCUGGGAAAAGUCCUUUUUGUGGAUGCAACGCCAAAUGGCAUUCAGUGUUUCUGCAGGGAUGAUUCUUUCUCUAACCAAUGGUUUGCACUAUCAACUAACUUGGAGCUGCUGGGAGCUCCUGAACCUCUUUUUAUAACUUUCCUUUUAAUAAAGGCUAGACAAAACCA